UUCAACAAAACUCUAUCUUCCCAAGAAUUCAGAAAAGAAGAUGAAUACUCCAACAGUUCUUGUUGCUAUGAUUCUCUUUACAUGCUGUGUCACAUCCCAAGUCACAGCAAGGAUUUUGGAGGAGCCAACUCCAUCAUUACGUAAUGAAAAGCUCCAGUGGUGGUACCACAGGCCACGUUUCCCAUCCCCUAGAGCCGGAAGAGCCUUGCCACUCCCGGCUGGCCACUUCCACCCAACUCCAUUCAACCCACCACCGGAAGUUGCCAAAUGCUUGGCUGAUUGCAAGGAGGUAAAAACUUGUUUUGCAGAUAUCAGAAAAGCAUUCAUCACUCACAAACCCGCUAUUGGAUCUGAUUGUUGCGCCGCAAUCCAAAAUAUGAAAGAAGAUUGCGUGAAGACCGUGUUUGGAUCUUUCCAUAACCACUUCUUCAAUGGCGUUAUCAAAAGACAUUGCUCUAACAAGGCGGUUUCAUCUCCUGCUACAUCUCCUGCCCCUUCGCCAGCUUAGGGUUUCUUUUUUUUUUUGUUAGAAUUGGAAAUAUUGA